AAUCUGACAGCGUCUACCGCAUGCUGCUGCUGCUGCUGGGCUGUGAACUGCUCAUGGCGGGGUGCUCCGGGCUGUGACGGUUCUUCUUCUUUUUCUUCUCUUUCUUUUUCUUCUUCCGGUCAGGAUCAUCGUCCUUUUUUUUCUUCUUCUUCUUGUGAUCGGAGUCAGAGGGUGUUUCUGAGGGGGGGGGGGGGAGAAGGGAGAACAAGGUCAAAAUCAAAUACACUAGCUCAAUGGACACAGGACAGACUCCUCCAAUAUCCCACAAUCCAUCUCCCACUCCCCAUGGACACAGGACAGACUCCUCCAGUAUCCCACAAUCCAUCCCCCACUCCCCAUGGACACAGGACAGACUCCCCCAGUAUCCCACAAUCCAUCUCCCACUCCCCAUGGACACAGGACAGACUCCUCCAGUAUCCCACAAUCCAUCCCCCACUCCCCAUGGACACAGGACAGACUCCCCCAGUAUCCCACAAUCCAUCUCCCACUCCCCAUGGACACAGGACAGACUCCCCCAGUAUCCCACAAUCCAUCUCCCACUCCCCAUGGACACAGGACAGACUCCCCCAGUAUCCCACAAUCCAUCUCCCCAUGGACACAGGGCAGACUCCCCCAGUAUCCCACAAUCCAUCCCCCACUCUCCAUGGACACAGGACAGACUCCCCCAGUAUCCCACAAUCCAUCUCCCCACUCCCCAUGGACACAGGGCAGACUCCUCCAGUAUCCCACACCAUUCCCCCACUCCGCAUGGACACAGGGCAGACUCCCCCAGUAUCCCACACCAUCCCCCACUCCCCAUGGACACAGGGCAGACUCCCCCAGUAUCCCACAAUCCAUCUCCCCAUGGACACAGGACAGACUCCUCCAGUAUCCCACACCAUCUCCCCAUGGACACAGGACAGACUCCCCCAGUAUCCCACAAUCCAUCCCCCCAUGGACACAGGACAGACUCCUCCAGUAUCCCACACCAUCCCCCACUCCCCAUGGACACAGGACAGACUCCCCCAGUAUCCCACAAUCCAUCUCCCCAUGGACACAGGACAGACUACCCCAGUAUCCCACAAUCCAUCUCCCCAUGGACACAGGACAGACUCCCCCAGUAUCCCACAAUCCAUCCCCCCAUGGACACAGGACAGACUCCUCCAGUAUCCCACAAUCCAUCUCUCCAUGGACACAGGACAGACUCCCCCAGUAUUCCACAAUCCAUCUCCCCGCUCCCCAUGGACACAGGACAGACUCCCCCAGUAUCCCACAAUCCAUCUCCCCGCUCCCCAUGGACACAGGACAGACUCCCCCUGUAUCCCAAAAUCCAUCUCCCCGCUCCCCAUGGACACAGGACAGACUCCCCCAGUAUCCCACAAUCCAUCUCCCACUCCCCAUGGACACAGGACAGACUCCCCCAGUAUCCCACAAUCCAUCUCCCACUCCCCAUGGACACAGGACAGACUCCCCCAGUAUCCCACAAUCCAUCUCCCACUCCCCAUGGACACAGGACAGACUCCUCCAGUAUCCCACAAUCCAUCCCCCACUCCCCAUGGACACAGGACAGACUCCCCCAGUAUCCCACAAUCCAUCUCCCACUCCCCAUGGACACAGGACAGACUCCCCCAGUAUCCCACAAUCCAUCUCCCACUCCCCAUGGACACAGGACAGACUCCCCCAGUAUCCCACAAUCCAUCUCCCCAUGGACACAGGGCAGACUCCCCCAGUAUCCCACAAUCCAUCCCCCACUCUCCAUGGACACAGGACAGACUCCCCCAGUAUCCCACAAUCCAUCUCCCCACUCCCCAUGGACACAGGACAGACUCCCCCAGUAUCCCACAAUCCAUCUCCCCACUCCGCAUGGACACAGGGCAGACUCCUCCAGUAUCCCACACCAUUCCCCCACUCCCCAUGGACACAGGGCAGACUCCCCCAGUAUCCCACACCAUCCCCCCACUCCCCAUGGACACAGGACAGACUCCCCCAGUAUCCCACACCAUCCCCCCACUCCCCAUGGCCUAGAAUGAUUCCGAACUGAUCAGGGUGGAGAUUCCUGACAGCCUGCCUGUCUGAAUCUGGGGGUGGGCAAAUCCGAGAGAGGACAAGCAGCACGUGUGGCAAUCUCAGCCCACGACUUUGCAGUCAUCAUAAAACAACAGCUAGGGCCUGGCUACUGCAGAAUUUCAAAUGUUCAAGGAAGGAUGUGUGAGUAUAAUCACAACAACUAAACAGCAGUUAGCUCAGCUCCUGGCACAGGGAGGUUUCCACAGUCAGGUCAAAACUCAACCACACAGAUUAACUGAGGAAACCCGGUGUGAUGUGUAAUUAACCUGCAGGAACAUCGCGGUGAGAUAACGAGAGGGGAUCAAUUCAGGGCAAUGCUGGUGGUGUCGUGGUGUACGUGGACGUCCAGGAGGCACCUGAUACAAUGCCUCAAAAGGUGGAGAGAACAACAAGGGAGAAGGGGUGGCUCAGUGGUUAGCCCUGCUGCCUCACAGCACCAGGAACACAGGUUCGUCUGCACCCCUCCCGGGCAUCUGUCUGUGUGGAGUUUGCACAUUCUUCACCCCUUGUCUGUGUGGGUUCCCUCUCUCUCAGUCCAAACGUGGGCAGCUUAGGGUGGAUUGGCCGUGGGAAAUGUACAGCAGGGGAGUGGGUCUGUGUGGGAUGGUUUUCAGAGGGGCGGUGCAGACUGUUUCCACAGCAAAAACGUUAUAAGGAGACUUUUGUUUCUUUCUCCACUAGAGUGUAGAAGGUUGACAGGUGACCUUACCGAAAUACAAGGACUACUGAUAGGGUGCCUUUUUCACUAGGGUUGGGUGAUUAUGAGAUUAGGUGCAUAUUUAAGAUGAGAGGAGAAAGAUUUAAGAAAAAGAUGAGAUGCAAUUUUUUUUUAAAUUAAAGGGUGGUUCGUAUGCAGAUUGAACUGCCAGUGGUGUUCCACAGGGGUCAGUGCUGGGGCCACUGUUGUUUGUGAUAUACAUAAAUAAUCUGGAAGAGGGCACUGUUGGUAUGAUCAGCAAGUUUGCAGAUGGCGCGAAGAUUGGGGGAGUAGCAGAAAGCAUAAGGGACUGUCAGAGAAUACAGGAGGGUAUAGAUAGAUUAGAGUUGGGCAGAAAAGUGGCAGAUGGCUUUCAAUCCAGACAAAUGUGAGGUGAUGCAUUUAGGCAAGUCUAAUUCUGCAGCGAAUUAUACAAUGAACAGAAGAGCCUUGGGGAAACGUUGAUGAACAGAGAGAUCUGGGAGUUCAGGUCCAUUGUACCCUGAAGGUUGCUGCACAGGUGGAUAGAGUGGUUAAGAAGGCAUAUAGCAUGCUUGCAUUCAUCGGACGGGGUAUUGGGUAUAAGAGCUGGCAGGUCAUGUUAAAAUUGUACAAGACUUUGGUUUGGCCGCAUUUAGAAUACUGUGUACAGUUCUGGGCGCCACAUUCCCAAAAGGAUGUGGACACUUUGGAGAGGGUGCGGAGAAGGUUUACGAGGAUGUUGCCUGGUAUGGAAGGUGCUAGCUAUGAAGAGAGGUUGCGUAGGUGAGGUUUAUUUUCACUAGAAAAAAGGAGCUUGAGGGGGGACCCUGAUUGAGGUUUACAAAAUCCUGAAGGGUAUAGACAGGAUGGAUAGAGACAAGCUUUUUCCCAGGGUGAAGGAUUCAAUAACGGGAGGUCACGCUUUCAAGGUGAGAGGUGGAAAGUUUAAGGGGGCUACACGCGGUAAGUACUUCCCACACAGAGGGUGGUGGGUGUUUGGAACGCGUUGCCAGCAGAGGUGGUAGAGGCAGGCACGGGAGAUUCAUUUAAGCUGCGUCUGGACAGAUGCAUGAGUGGGUGGGGAGCAGAUGCUUAGGAAGUGACCGACAGGUUUAGACGGUACCUGUGGAUCAGCUCAGGCUUGGGAGGGCCGAAGGGCCUGUCCCUGGGCUGUGAAAUUUUCUUUGUUCUUAGGAAAGGGGUAGGUGUGAAUACAGUUACAACGUUUCAAAGCCACCUGGAGAAGUUUGUGAGGAGAUGAUUUUUGGAGGGAUAUUAGCCAAGGUGGGACCAGUUUAGUUUGGGCUCAUGGUCAGCACACACUGGUUGGGCCGAAGGGUCUGUCUCGGAGGGAUUCUAUUCUAUGAACUCUUGAGCCUGUCAGCAGACAUUUUCCAAUACCACUUGUGUCUGUUUUAAAAUAAAAAAGAACAGCAAAAGAUUCUUUUUUCGCAAGACCUGCAAAUGUUUAGGCCUCGUUUGACCUGCGUGUGCAGAGGAAUAAAUAGGAUCCAGG